ACGACUGGAAGCAAGGGGGGCGCUGGCAUCGCUGUCAGACAGUCGCUGUCGCGCUAGGCAGGACCCCGCUAGAUGUGUCGAGCUGCUCAGUCGCAAUAAUUCCGUCGCCUAACCAGCAUCGCUCGCCUAUAUUAUAUCUUUUUUCACCCCCUCUCUCUUUCACUCACUUUGAAACGCAUUCGAUGCUUCCCGUCAGCUGCAGUAAUAAAUACACAUUUUAUUCACAAUAACAAUACAGAAAUAUAAAAAAAAAAAAAAGUCCAACCGGUCGUUAUCUCUCAAAUACUAAAAACCGUUCGCGAGUUUUGUGUGUGGGUGGUUUGGAUUUCUUGCUUGCUACAUAACACAUCAGCGAGAGGAUCGAAGCUGCUUUAUACUCUUCUCUCGCUAUAUUUUUGCUCUGUGUGUGUUUUUUGUGGAUAUUGCUGCUAUGAGUCGGAAGAACAGUGCUUUUUACAUUAUUCGGCAUCGUUAAAAGUGACAGGAAGAAAAGGGAUAUCAAAAAAAAAUUUCAGUGCGCGAUUCGGUGAUAAGUGAUAAAAAAAAGAAAAUAAAAAAGAGCUCCAAUUUAUGUUACAUCGGGACCGACGACAAAUCGAGAGUGUUUUUUCAUUAAAAGUGAUUUUUUUUUCUCUCCCUCCCCCGACAAAUUUUUUCCAAUCUCUCUCUCUCUCACUGUCUCUGGAGUAAAAUAAAGGCAACAUUGCGCUGACCGAGAAAAGCGAGACUGUUCGUCGUACCACGACGACCUCGACAUAACCUUUCACGGCGACAUCGUGGGCGAGAUCUUCGGACCUCGUGUUCCGGCAUAAGAAGAGAAGUACCGGAAGUCGUCCGCGGAAGGAGCCAGGAGAGCGCCGAAUAAAUGACGUGAAACCGAAGUGAACGGAAGCGACGUUUCGCUAACUUACAACUUCUCCCCUUUUUCCCAUUGCCCAACCUUUGACAUUGCCUGUACUGCUUUGUCGUCCGCCUUUGCGUUCUUUCUUUCUCUCUCUUUCUCUCUUUCACUUUCUAUCAAGCAAAUUUUCUCCCCUUCUUCCUUCUUCUCAAAAAAAGAAUCCAAAAAAAAAAUUCACGCUUUUACCCCACCUUUCUUGUGACCUUGACACUUGGCUUUUUGAAAAACAAAAAAAAAAAAAAUAAGAAUCCAAUUAUUUAGCUUUGGCCAAUAGCGACAUCAACGAAAGGGGUAAAACGAGAAGAGAUCUUCCUGAUACUUUUGCGGACAUCAUCCAAAGGAAAUUUAAUAAGAGUGCCAAUAAACGAUAAUCGCGAACUGUAAUAUAAUCUUCGGAUCAGUUUAUCGUCAAAUCCAAAGGCGCUGCCAAUCAGUCACGCACCAAUCAGCAACUACAAAAAAUCUUUAAAUCAAGAAAGACGACGAUAUCACGUUCCAUUGCAAAAGAAUCACAAUAAAGGCUCCACGAGUAAUCGUCGCCGCGAGUGUGAUACCGACAAGACGCGGACGACGCGGAGUGAACAACUGAUAAUAUAAUAGGGGUAAUCCAUCCCGUAUAAAUAAAAAAAUAAAAUAAAAAAAGAAGUCAACUUUUGGAAGAUGGCAAUGGUCAACAUGAACAACCUACUCAACGGUAAAGAUUCCCGAUGGCUUCAAUUGGAGGUCUGCAGGGAGUUUCAACGCAACAAGUGCACCAGACCAGACACUGAAUGCAAGUUCGCGCAUCCACCAGCUAAUGUUGAGGUGCAGAAUGGACGAGUCACAGCAUGCUACGACAGUAUCAAGGGUCGAUGUAAUCGAGAAAAGCCUCCGUGCAAAUACUUCCAUCCUCCACAGCACCUGAAAGAUCAACUUUUGAUAAAUGGACGAAAUCAUUUAGCGCUGAAGAAUGCACUAAUGCAACAAAUGGGGCUCACACCGGGCCAAGCACUUGUACCUGGUCAGGUGCCUACAGUGGAGUCUCCAUCUCCUACGCCACCACACCAUCACCUUCAACAGCAAAUCCAGCAGCAACUACUCGCUACCCACGCCUUUAUGGCAACAAAUCCGUACCUGACUGGAAUGCCGCAGGUGGGCAACACAUACAGUCCAUAUUUUGCGCCAAGUCCAAUAAUGCCAGCAAUAAUGGGACCCGCGGAUCCCACGGGUGUGGGAAGUCCAUUGGGAGUGGUGCCGCAGACGGUGGCAAUGCCGCAGAAGAUGCCGCGAACAGAUCGCCUCGAGGUAUGUCGCGAGUUUCAACGCGGGGCGUGCAAACGCGGUGAGACGGAGUGCCGGUUUGCGCACCCCCUCGAGACGGUGCAGGCGAACGAGGACGGCUCUGUGACGGUCUGCAUGGACGCUGUCAAGGGCCGAUGCAAUCGGGACCCCUGCCGCUAUUUCCACCCCCCUCUGCACCUUCAAGCCCACAUUAAGGCCACACAAUCUCGGGCUAGCAUUGCGAUGGACAUGAAGUCUGUCGGGUCGUUCUACUACGAGAACUUUGCCUUCCCAGGAAUGGUUCCGUACAAACGUCCGGCGGGCGACAAGUCCGGCGUGCCGGUUUAUCAACCAACUGGCGCUACAACCUAUCAGCAGUUAAUGCAGCUUCAGCAGCCCUUCGUGCCUGUGUCAUGUGAGUACACUGGAACGCCACCCCUACCCGCCCAAUCCUCAAAUCAUCAAUCGGUUCAAAACACAAUACAAAACCAAGGAGCGGCGGUGAACGCCGACACCAAUGGUCAUGGGCUCUUACUGGAUCCCAACAAUCCGCCUCCGCCGCCGCCCGCGGCAACAAGUGGCGAUAAAAAUAAUUCAGCCGCUAAUCACGACACCGACAACACUCAAACAUCACCUCCCGAAUUGAAUCACGCGAAUUCCCCUCAAUUAAAUCAAUUGGCACUUCCAGCACCACCGCCAAUGAGUCCAAUGACAUCAAUGUCAGGCUUAACGUCAGUGCCCAAUGUUGUCAGUAUGAAUCAUAUGGUAUCAGUUAAUAAUAUGGCAAAUGUCACGUCAAUGGCCAAUUAUACAAUGGCCAAUAUGGCAAAUAUAAAUGUUCUCAAUUCAUUGGGUAUGUCGCCAAGUCUUUCACUUGAUCCAGCAGCACUUGCCAAAGAAGUGGCACAAAAAAAUUAUGCCAAGGCAUUAAAACUCUCACAGGCCACACAGUCUUAUGCCAUUAAUCCACUUACCGCGCUCAAUUAUACUGGCGUUGCAUUAAAUAAACAAGCGUUAACAGUUGCUAAUCAUCAUGCUGCCGCCGCUGCCGCUGCCGCAAUCCCGGGUGCCGCUGCAUCUAGACAAGUCGUUUCUGGCCUUGCCGGUAUUGGUGGUGCCGGUCUCACAUCACCAUUACAAGCUGGUAUUCUUGCCUAUCCACCACGUGCUCCAACAAGCGCCACCUUUAAUCCCUAUUCCCUUAUUAGACAACAAAUGCUACCAACAUCGCCGUAUAUGCAAACAUCAUUGCAAGGUGUACCAACAGCAGCCACUGUUCAAUCACCCUAUUUGCAAAGUCAUUACGCGGCAAUGCUACCAGGUGUCGCUGGUAAUCCGGGAUAUGCGACCGCCGUUCAAGCUAUGCCUCAAUUAUCAACAGCUAGUCCAGCAACGAUAGCCGCUCAACCACAAGUUGCAUUGCCCGCAAAUAGUGGAGUCAUCAUGCAACCCUAUAAGAAAAUGAAGACAACUUAAAUUCUUUUUCAAUAUAUAUUUUUAACUCGAUGAAAGAAAUUGCAAAUACCUAAUUUAACAGGAGAGGCUUUAAAGUCUAAUGAAUCAGGGUUUCAUGGUUCCUCCCCCUCACACUCCGGCAAUUAUCGAUCUCACUGGCCUAAGACUCAUUUUAUUUACUCUCAAUAUGUUAAUUAACGACGGACUAGAUUUUAUGAAAGGAUUACUAGGAUUAGUUUUUAGUAGAACUAAUUUUUUCAAAGAGCGCACCAACUUGACUUUAUCGAUUUUGAUAAAAAUUGAAACUGUAAUAGAUUUUUGUAUUUGUGACAAAAGGAUGAAUAUAAAAAGACCCACUAUUAAGAAAUUUUCGAAAAAAAUCGAUUUUUGUUCAAAAUACGGAUCGACGGCUUUUGGCGGUAAUAGCACAGUUGGUAAGGUAUACUUUACUUGUAAAGCUACCAACUAGGGUUCGAAUCUUCUCUCCAGUAUUUUUUUUAGCAGUUUUUUAAUAAAAAAAAUAAUUUUUUAUACUUUUUUUUAGAACGUUAAACGCAAUUUUACAUUAAUUACUAGAAUUUUUAGAAUUGAAAUUUUAAAAAAAUUAUUGAAGCGGAGAUUCGAACCCUGGACGCUGGGUACUGUAGUUCGAGACUUUAUCCACUGCGCUACUAUCACUGAUAGUAAUGCAAAUUUUUGACGCCAGGCAGGCAAAUUAAAAAAAAAAUUGGGUUUUUUUUGGCACUUAAUUUAACAAUUACCAAGAUCUAUUAUUGUUACAAGUUUCAUCAAAAUCAACGAGGUCGAGUUGUUGAUCUUCUUUAGAAAAUGUAAAAAAAAAGCUAGUCCGCUCACUAGAAAAUUAAGUUUGAAUUUAAGGAUCAUGUAUUGAAAAGUAAUUUCAGAAUUUAACUUCUGAAAUUAAUUUUAGUAAAAUUUUGAAUUUUUUUAGCGAAUUGAUUAAUUUUAGCGAUAUAAUACCUUUUUCCUAUUUUUUUUUAGUUCAAUUUAUAUAUUCAAUGAAACUAAUUAAUUUUAGUUAAUUAAAAUAAUUAGUCAAUGAACUAAUUAACUUGUCAUUUUUAACCUUUGUGUGUGUGUGUGUUUGCCUUUUUUAAUAUUAAAUAAGAAAAACAUUAAUUUGAAAAAAAUUAAUGCUAUUCUUAGAUUUUUAAAACCGUUUCUGUUUUUAAUUAUUAUUUAUAAUUGAAUAUUUUACAGUGAUUGUAAAUAUUCUUGAUUUCAUUUUUUUAAUCUUUGUAUAUAGUUUCAUUAUUUUAAAAAAUAGGAAAAAGUGUUAAUUCGCUUUAGAAUCUUGAAAACAAAAAAAAUAUAUUCAAUUUUCAGUUUCUUAAUGCCAAAAAAAGUUUUUAUUUUCUAAUUUCGAAAUUCCUCUAAAAAAUUAUUUCAGUAAUUAGUAAUUAGUUUCUAAUUCAGAUUUUUGAGAAUGAAUUUUCAAUUUAAAAUACUGAAGAAUAUCUAAAUUUUCCAAAUUGAAUUUCCAAUUUCAAAUUGAGUACUUUAUUUCCAUUUGUUAUCAAAACUCAUUUCUAAUUUGAAUAACAAAAUUCUAGUUUCACUUUCGAGUACAAAGGAUUUUAGCGAAUCAAAACUUUAAAGCUUAUUUGAAAUUUUAAUUUUACUGAUCCUAUUUUCAAAACUAAUAUCGCACAAAGACUUGUUUGAGAGUGAAGUUAAAAAAAAAAGUCCGAUUGUUGUAUUUUUUUUCCUCUCAACUUUGUUAUUAAAUUUUUAAAAAAAUAAUAAUAAUAAAGAAUAAACGCAUUGGGCAGGAACCACAUAUUGUUGCGGACUAGUCUAAAAUAUAAAGAGACGAGCGACGUUUGAAAAUAUAUAAACAAAGUUCCAAGAAUAGCUUCGUUUUCUAGUCAAGAGACAUUGUCGGUAAACAGUGCCUUAUCGACCCAAUACCGCGCAUCCGUUUUUUUUUCCCGAUUUUUAUUUGACGGCUGAAAAAAUUGCCAAGUGACGUUUUUCAAAUUUUCCAAUUUCAAUUCAUGUUUUUGCGGGCGUUUUUUUUUUUUUUGUUAAUCGAAUUGCGUUGAGGUUUUAAUGGUUCAAGACUGUGACAUAUUCAUUGGAAGUGCUCCUUCUUUUUUAUUUUACUCCCACUCUCUCUCUCUCUCUUUUUAAAGAGUUAUCACAAGAAAAUUCGUCCAAUUCAUCUUUUGUCAUUUUUGCUAAUUAUUAAUUUCAAUAUUUAUUAGUAUUUUUUUUCAAUUUUGAAUGGAAUUUGAAAAUUUUUAUAAUUUUCAAAAAUCACCAAAGAUGUUUAGGUUAAUGAAUUUAUCGAAAUUCUAAAAAGUUUUUUCGAUUAACUCUUAAUUCGCGAUUGUGACAUGAAAUUUUUGUUUAAAAUUUCCUUGCCUGGAAGUGAAAAUAAAAUUUUCACUACCAAUAUAAAGAUAAAAAUAUAUAUAAUAAUAUGUUUAUAUUUAGUUUUUUAGAAGAUUAAUUAUUGUUCUAAUAAUAAUUAUUAUUAUAAUUAUUGUAUUAUAAUUAAAAAAAUAUAUAUAUAUAUUUUAAUUUUAUUUCAUUAAUAAUCAUUAAUUAAUGAUAAUAAUUAUUAUUUUUUAAAUAUUUCUAUAAAUAUUAAUAUUUUUAUUAAUAACAUUAUUGAAUAUUCUAGUUAUAUGAAAAUUCGUGCAAAUUAGUUAAAAAAAAAACAAAUUGAAUACACGCGCGUUGCCCUUUACGUCUUCGAUUCAAUUCGGGAAAGUUCGAUAGCACGGUGAACUACGUGAAACGUCAAGUUCGAAACCGGUGCAUUUAUAUAUAUAAAAAUAAAUGAUUCGAUAAUUAUAUGCAUUUAAAUUUGCAAAUAAGGCAGAGAAAAUGACGUGAAUACACGAGUUCACUUGCAAUAUUCUCUAAUUUACAUAUUUACAUAAAACACACCAUACAAAUUUUAAUCCUUUGAGAAAAAAAAACCGUAUUUUUCACCUAGAAAAAAAAAAAGAAGAAAACUCAGAAAAGUAUGAAAGGGUGAAAAAAGAACACGGAAAAGGAGAAUUUUUGAAAACACAAAAAAAAAAAAAAAAAAGUGAAUAGAGAAUCAAUGUUGUCGUUGUUCGUUAAAUUUAUUAUUAUUACCUUAUUAAUAUUAUUGCAUAUAUGCAAAAAAAAGAAACACACAAACACUUGCCAGUGAUUUGAACAGUCUAGAUUUUUGGCGUAUAUAUAUAAUAUAUAUAUGUAAUAUGUACAUAUUUUUUCCUUUUAACAAAGAUGUCGAGAUAAUAUAAAGUUCGUACUAUAUAUAGACACUAAAGAAACAAACACAUUUACACGAAUAUAAAACAAAAAAGAAAAAAAAAAAAAAAAAAAACUAUAUAGACAUUUAUACGUUUAUCCUCCCGUAAUAUGAUAAUCAACUGAAGCGUCGAGACAAAAGUGAGAGAGGAAACGUGUCAACGUAGAUUUUAUGUAGGGUUUCACAUUGUAUCAUGAUGUAUAGGUUAGAGAGC